AUGUCUGAACCAGCCAAACUUACCAAGAAGCAGUUGAAAGCUCAACAAUUCAGAAAGACAAAGGAGGAGAAAGAAGUAGAGAGUCAGAAGAGAGCGCUUGAACCAGAAACUUCAAGUACUACUACUAAUGCAGAUGGCAGUACUGAACCUGUAAAAAAGAAAAGAAAAACAAGAAGAGGCCGUAAAGGUAAAGGCCGUAACGGGAAGAGCGCUAACAGAUUUAUCAUCUUUGUUGGUAGUCUACCAAAGGAUAUCACACAGACUGAAUUACAAGCACAUUUCAAGACAAGUUCACCUGAUUCCAUCAGAGUCCGUGGUGAUAAGGGUAUAGCGUUCUUAGAAUUCGAUGGUGAUAAAGACGGUAAACAUAUCCAAAGUAGGAUGGAUACUGCAUUGCUACAGAAUAAGACAGAAAUCAGAGGGAAAAGAAUCAAUGUGGAGUUAACUGUCGGUGGUGGUGGUAACUCUGAAAACAGAUUAUCCAAAUUGAAGACCAAGAACGAGAAGUUUGAACAAGAAUAUAAUUCCAGAAUGGAGAAAAUGAUCAAAGACGGUGCUCAAAAGAAAAGAGCUGCCGCUGAGAAUGCUGCCGCUAAUGGAGAAACUGAUGACUCCAAGACGAAUGCACCAAGACCAGCUGUUGCCGGUAUGCAUCCAGACAGAGCCAAGAUGUUUAGAUAG